GACGCCAUAUUGUCUUGUCAAAUUCUGUGGCCGUGUAAAACUUGCGUUUGGGAUUUUUGGAAUUGUCGUUAAAACGUUGUAAAACCAUUUAAUUGCGUCUUAUAAUAUAUAAGACGCAGGGUGCAUAGCUGCAUCCUCUAAAUCAUGAGCUACCAGAUUCCGACUUCUCAAAGUCGCACAAUGUCGCACAGCAAUUAUGGUGGGUCAGAUGUACCAAUGGCACCAAGCAAGGAGCAGCAGACACUGUUGUGGCAGCAGAACUCCUACCUGGUGGAUUCAGGCAUCAACUCUGGAGCUGCGACUCAGGUGCCAUCACUUACUGGCAAGGAGGAUGACGAGAUGGAGGGAGACCAGCUUAUGUUUGAUUUGGACCAGGGGUUUGCUCAGGGAUUUACUCAAGAGCAAGUUGAUGACAUGAACCAGCAGCUAUCGCAGACCCGCUCUCAGCGCGUCCGCGCGGCCAUGUUUCCUGAAACCUUAGAGGAAGGCAUCGAGAUACCCUCCACUCAGCUAGAUCCAGCGCAGCCCACGGCUGUCCAACGUCUGUCUGAACCCUCGCAGAUGCUCAAGCACGCUGUUGUUAACCUUAUCAAUUAUCAGGAUGAUGCUGACCUGGCAACUCGUGCCAUACCGGAGUUGAUUAAACUCCUCAAUGAUGAAGAUCAAGUGGUAGUGUCUCAAGCUGCCAUGAUGGUGCACCAGCUCUCCAAGAAGGAAGCAUCUCGCCAUGCCAUAAUGAACUCACCUCAGAUGGUCGCCGCUUUAGUGCGCGCUAUUUCUAACUCCAAUGACUUGGAGACUACCAAAGGAGCAGUCGGAACCCUGCAUAAUCUAUCGCACCAUCGUCAGGGUUUGCUGGCUAUCUUCAAGAGCGGAGGCAUUCCCGCUUUGGUCAAGCUGCUAAGCUCCCCAGUCGAAUCUGUGCUUUUCUAUGCUAUCACUACUUUGCAUAACCUUCUGUUGCACCAAGAUGGUUCCAAGAUGGCCGUACGUCUAGCUGGAGGUCUUCAGAAAAUGGUAGCUCUGUUGCAGAGGAACAAUGUUAAGUUCCUCGCAAUUGUGACUGAUUGCUUGCAAAUCUUAGCGUAUGGAAACCAGGAAUCGAAACUUAUCAUCCUCGCCUCUCAAGGACCGAUCGAACUGGUGCGCAUCAUGCGCUCCUACGACUAUGAAAAGUUGCUGUGGACCACCUCCAGGGUGCUGAAGGUUCUCUCAGUAUGCUCAAGCAACAAGCCAGCGAUCGUAGAGGCCGGCGGCAUGCAAGCCCUGGCCAUGCAUCUCGGGAACCCCAGCGGCCGCCUCGUGCAGAACUGCCUCUGGACUCUGAGGAACUUGUCUGAUGCUGCCACUAAGCAGGUGGAGGGCCUUGAGGGUCUGCUGUCAAGCCUGGUGCAGGUGCUAGCCUCCACCGACGUAAACAUCGUGACCUGUGCUGCGGGAAUCCUUUCCAACUUGACUUGCAACAACCAGCGCAACAAGGUGACAGUGUGCCAGGCUGGCGGCGUGGACGCCCUCGUCCGCACCGUAGUGUCCGCCGGUGACCGCGAGGAGAUUACCGAACCCGCGGUGUGCGCUUUGCGCCAUCUCACAUCUCGCCACGUGGAAAGCGAGAUGGCGCAAAAUGCUGUCCGUUUGCACUAUGGACUGCCGGUGAUCGUGAAGCUACUCCAGCCGCCGUCGCGCUGGCCGCUGGUAAAGGCGGUGGUGGGCCUCGUGCGCAACCUGGCGCUGUGCCCCGCCAACCACGCGCCGCUGCGCGAGAACGGCGCCGUACACCACCUCGUGCGCCUGCUAAUGCGCGCGUUCAACGACACACAGAGACAACGCAAUUCUGUCUCUGGCGGCACCGGCACGGGCGGCGCGUACGCCGACGGUGUGCGCAUGGAAGAGAUCGUCGAAGGGGCCGUGGGCGCACUGCACAUCCUCGCGAGGGAGGGGGUCAAUCGCCAGCUCGUUCGCCAGCAGAACGUUAUACCGAUUUUUGUGCAGCUGCUUUUCAAUGAAAUCGAGAACAUACAGCGUGUGGCUGCGGGCGUACUCUGCGAGCUGGCAGCCGACAAAGAAGGGGCCGAAAUGAUCGAAGCCGAAGGGGCCACAGCUCCGCUUACCGAGCUACUCCAUUCACGUAACGAAGGCGUCGCAACAUACGCAGCAGCAGUACUGUUCCGCAUGUCGGAAGACAAGCCUCAUGAUUACAAGAAGAGACUCUCCAUGGAGCUGACUAAUUCGCUGUUCCGCGACGACCACCAAAUGUGGCCCAGCGAUCUUGGCAUGCAACCAGACUUACAGGAUAUGCUCGGGCCAGAGCAAGGAUAUGAAGGGCUGUACGGCACACGACCGUCGUACCAGCAAGGAUACGAUCAAAUACCGAUAGACUCAAUGCAGGGGUUGGAAAUUGGGAGUGGCUUCGGCAUGGACAUGGAUAUCGGCGAAGCAGAGGGAGCGGGGGCCACAUCAGCUGACUUAGCGUUCCCCGAACCUCCGCACGAUAACAACAAUGUCGCGGCUUGGUAUGAUACCGACCUUUAGGGCAGAUUUAUUUCCCAUCUAUAAUUGUGUAACCUAGUACAAAUUGAGCAACAACAGCUAGCAGGACAACAUUACUAUGGUAAAAACUAUCCCACUUUUGUAUGUACAUGGUUGUACGUAAUUACAAUAAGCGGCUACGCAGACGUACUAUUAUUAUGUACGAUGAUUUAUAAAAUGUUAUACCAUGAAUAUUAGACCAGUAUAUAAUUAAAUAGCCAUGUUCACAGAUAGAGAACGGCGUGUGGGUAGCAUCUAAAGUGUUGUUAGCUAGCUAUUGUAGCGCGAUUUAAAGAGAAAUAUAAAUUGCUCGUAAUGUAAAGAUCUAUAUUUAGAUCAUUCACAGGUACCGAGCAAUCUGCAUGGUUUUUACAAUGCCAGACACACAAUUUAAUUUUCUAAAAAUAAUUUCACUGAAUGUUUUAAUGCUACCUUUGUUGCAUAAUUAUAGUCGGCG